CACCAAUCAGGAUUGGCUUCCGCCAGUUGUGGAGUAAAUAUUCACCUCGUUUCCACCGAACACAUGAGUGUUAUGGAGAAAGACAGUUCUGCAAUCAAGAACGCGCCUGAUGACUCCUCGGAGACAGUUCAAAACACUGCCCUGGACGAUUUUACACCAUCAAAGCUCGGGACAAAAAAAUACUGGGAUGAUGCCUAUCAGAGGGAACUCCAAAUAUUUAAAGACAUUGGGGACGUCGGUGAGAUUUGGUUUGGUGAAGAGAGCAUGGAUCGAGUGAUCAGAUGGAUUGAAACACAAACUCUAUCUGAUGACAUUACCAUAUUGGACAUUGGGACUGGGAAUGGCAUGUUUCUAGUGGAACUGGCCAAAAAGGGCUUCACUAACCUCACUGGUAUCGACUACUCCCUUGCUUCUGUAGAGCUGGCCAAAAGUGUGCUGAGGGAAGAGGGCUUUGCUGAUGUAAACAUUGAGGUAAUGGAUUUCCUCCACCCUCCCUCUGGCUUCAGUUCCUUCGACAUGUGUAUCGACAAGGGCACGUUCGACGCCAUCAGCCUCAAUCCCGAGGACGGGCAGCAGGGGAAGGCCCAGUACGUGGCCUCUCUGAGGCAGGUCUUGAGGCCCCAGGGCCUCUUCGUCAUCACGUCCUGUAACUGGACCAAGGAGCAGCUGCUGCAGAUCUUCAGCCCAGGGUUUGAGCUGGUGAAGGAGCUUCCAACUCCUUGUUUUCAGUUUGGCGGAAAGACCGGAAACAGUGUGACAGCCCUGGUCUUCAAGUAUCAGGCUUGAGUCCUUCUUGCUGAUGAACACAUUGUUAUUUUCAAAUGGCCAAGGCUCUGUACAAACCACUUCAACAGAAAACCUGCACCAAAAGGACAAACAAAAUACCUGUGGAACAAAAAAUCGUGUAUGUUUUUUGGCUGACAUCAUAAAACAUCACAAACAUGUUUUUUUUUUGUUUUUUGGUGAAGACUAGUUCCUAAUUUGCCUUCAGUGAAGAAUGAAAUGUUACAUGUUGCCUUUGUGUGUGUGCAAACUAGAGCCCUGAGUGGAAGUCCUUUGAAAUGGUGAACCUCCGCGUGGCCUCUUAAUGGCCUUGUAAACUGGGAAAUCACCAGCAGAUUGGCUGUUCAACCGUUAUUAUGGAGACUGACUUUGCAUACUACCUCCAUAUGUCAUUUUGUGUUUCAACGUGUGUGUGUGUGUGUGUGUGUGUGUGUGUGUGUGUGUGUGUGUGUGUGUGUGUGUGUGUGUGUGUGUGUGUGUGUGUGUGUUUUGAAACACAAAAUGACAUAUGGAGGUAGUAUGCAAAGUGUGUGCGUGCGUGUGCGUGUGCAUGCAUGGUAGGUUACAGAGGUGCACUCUAGUCUCAUUUACUUCCUGAUAUCCUCUCAGAAAAAAAAUGUGUUGGGAUGGAAGUAGCAUUUCCUUUUUCUUCAGUCCCACCAGUGUGAUAUCUCUCCUAAGCACUGCACAAUGAUCCAUUGUAGUAGAGUAAGUAAUAUGGUAUGGAAGAACGUUGAGCUUGUGCAGCCGGAAUCAUCAUACUUAUAGAAAAUCCAUACUUGAACAACUAGAAUCUAUGGACAUUACUUGCACAUCAGGAAAGCUUUAAACAUAAAAUGCCCCAAAGCCCAAUUUUUUUCUGAAGUACAAUUGUGUGGUCCAAAUUGAAACACUGGCUUUUUACUGGUUUUUACAUUGUGGCAAUGCGGCACAGCAGAGGGGGGUAUUUCUCUGCUUAUUUAAAUACUGUCUUAAGUGGGUUUCAAAGAUACAUAACCUCUCUGUUCAUGUGAGAGAU